AUGGAGGCUAACGAAAAGUCAAACUCCUCCCUCACGGUAAAACAGAGAAAUUGCGCUCAAAGAAACUCGCUUCUGAGACAAACAAAUCAGAGGAUAAGUGCUUCUAUACAAAAUGAACACAACCUGUUUGCAAAGAGCAUGGAGUUCGAAGCUAAAAAACUGCGGCAAAAGUUGACUGUUCUAAUUCCCUGUAGGACAAAGACAAAUUCAACGAACAAUGUGAGAUCACCCACGAAAGAAGAAGAAACUUCGGAAGAUAAGUUGAAGUUACCAGUAAUCAGAAACGAGGUCAAAUCUGCGCCAUGUUCUCCGAGCCAGGACAGAAGAAGAUCUACUUUUUCUUGGGACAACUUGAAUGUCUCGCCUACUGGUAAAGACGUACUUCGAAGAGGUUCUUUCAAUGACAUUGCAUUUGAAUCGCAAAGAAGCUCCCCGAUUCCAAGGCGCAAAACAAGUAGGUCGUUUUCUUCCCGAGGGGAACUUUGUCCCCAAUUCUUAACACCCGCCCAGGUUUCGCCGAGUUCGGAACAUGGAAACCCGUCAAAAGUGUCACCACUAAUGCCAAGGAACCUUAAACUAAGGGAACAAGCUCGGCGUGAUAGUCUUCUCAAAUUAUUUCCUAAUGAGGGCGAUAAACCCCAAAGCCCAACUUUGGAAGAUCAAUUUAAAACUCUCGGAUCUUGCCGAUACCUCCGACGUGACACAGAAGGCGAUUUGAAGAUAUUGGUUAAGGAGACCCCCGACUGA